GAAACAUAUUAAGAAAAUGUCCUACUCCAUCUUAUGGAUGAUAAUUCUUAUGGAUUUACAGAUAUUUAUCCAUGCAGGAGUACCGGGAAUUAAAUUGAGAACAGUUGAUGUUGAAGGAGAGCACCAAAUUUUGCCGGAGUAUCAAGCCGUUGUAGGAAGAAAAGCAGAACUUCCAUGUAAUAUUACAGUGCCUUCACAUAACGAUAAAGUAUCUCUUAUCCUUUGGUACAAGGGAGAAUCUAGAGUGCCAAUGUACAGCGUGGAUGCGAGAAAUAGUGCUCUCGAUAAGGCAAAACAUUUUCCUUCAGAAGCUCUAGGAUCAAGAGCUACCUUUAACAUGCUUACAAGGCCAGCUUUACUGAAAAUAGAUCCUGUGCAAGAAGAUGAUUCUGGGGAAUAUAGAUGCAGAGUAGAUUUUCGAUGGGCACGAACUUAUACAACAAUAGCACUCCUCAAUGUUAUCGUCCCUCCUAAGGAUAUAACCAUCAUAGAUGAAGAAGGAACUGAAGUGUCAGGCGUUAUUGGUCCUUAUGAUGAAGAUUCAGAUCUUAUUUUAAGGUGUGAAGUUUCAGGAGGAACACCCACACCGGUGGUCACUUGGUGGAGAGAAUAUACACUUUUAGACGAUAGUUAUCAAGUCGUAGGAGAUGGGGUGGUUCGAAAUGACGUUCUUAUUCGUGGAUUACAGCGUUCCGAUUUGAUGACUAUGUUGACGUGUCAAACGCACAAUAGCAACAUUACUGCUCCUAUAGUAGCAUCCGUCACUAUUGAUCUCAAUUUGAAACCAUUGGAUGUACGAAUUACGUCGAUUAAACGACCAUUUUCUGCUGAAUCAAAAGUCGAAGUGGUUUGCAUUUCUGCUGGAGCUAGACCUCCAGCUCGCAUAACUUGGUGGAAAGACAAUGACCAGUUGAUGAAUAGUACAGAGAGAAUUCCUUCGAGCGGAAACCACACGACUUCUAUCUUAACAUUCUGGCCAUCUGGAGAUGAUAAUGGCAAGUACUUGUCUUGCAAAGCUGAUAACCCGAGAUUGCCAGACAGUACUUUAGAGGACGGCUGGAUGCUCAACGUAUCUUUUGCUCCCAGAGUGAUAUUGACAUCCAAUGGUCAGACUCAUCGUCAGGCUGUGAUGGAGAAAUCGGACGUGUACCUGCAUUGCGAAGUUCGGGCUAAUCCUCAAGUCGUAACUGUCCAGUGGUUGUACGAGGGAAGACCGAUUGUCAACAAUCUUUCCCAAGGAGUAAUCAUUACCAAUCAAUCUUUAGUACUAUCUAAAGCGCAACGUUUUCAUCGAGGGAGAUAUCAGUGCCUUGCUUCAAACAUAGAAGGUCAAGGAAAGAGCGAAGAACUCUUUCUAGAGAUAAAUUAUGCACCUAAAUGUCGAAACGAGCAGGACAAUCUCUAUGGAGCAGGAAGGGACGAAUUAGUACGUGUCAAAUGUGAGGUAGAAGCAGAGCCUCCUGAUGUAGUAUUCUAUUGGAAUUUUAACAACACGGCGGAAAAAAGGAAUUUGUCAUCGUUCACGGUUGAUGGGCUGCAAAGUGUAGUGACUUACAUCCCUCGAAAACUAGACGACUAUGGAACAUUGUCUUGCUGGUCUAGAAACAUUGCCGGACAACAAGAAAAGCCCUGCCUCUUUACUAUUAUUUCUGUAGGUCCUCCAGAAAAAGUUCGUAACUGCACCAUUACCAAUGUUACAAGUUCUUCUCUGUUGAUUGAAUGUGAAUCGGGUCACGAUGGAGGUCUUCAACAACGUUUCCAUUUAGAAGUUUAUAACUCAGCCAAAGAACGACUAGAAGCAAAUCUCACUAAUAGCAUUAAUCCGGUUUUCCAUGUUACUAGUCUGCCAUCUUCUACAAGUUUUGUUUUGAUUUCUUACGCAUCCAAUCUAAAAGGAAGAAGCAAUUCAAUUACAUUGCGAGCUAAAACAUUAGUAACUUAUACCAAACAAUCAGAAAGCUUUACAAGUUUGCCAAUUAAUCCGAUUUUGGGUGUUUUAAUUGGUAUUGUGGCUGCACUGGUGUUUGUUGCCGGGAUAGCUGUUGUAAUUAUGAAAAGAAGGGCGGACGACGAUGACAAAGGUCCUUUAGAAGAUUCUGCAGUUGAAAAGUAA